AUGGGGAAUAUCUUCCCAUUCAUCAUUACAUUUUUUCUGUUUUUAAGUUCAUGUUACAAUUGCAGCCUUCAUGAUGAUAAUUUACCAAGUAAUAAUUAUAUUCAAGAAGAAUCUGCUUAUGAUUUUGAAGCUUAUCCUUCAUAUAUUAGCACCAUUGAAGGCCUCAUAUUCAACAACAUGACCAAGAUCGAAACCAGAGUUUCUGAUUAUCCAACUAAGUUUCGACGGCUUGCAGCUUUUGUUAAGACAAUCAAUGUACAGAACUUCGGAGCUAUAGGCGAUGGAAGUACCGAUGAUACUAAGGCAUUUCAAGAUGCACGGAGUGAAGCCUGUUCUUCCACAGAAGCUGUUACUCUUAUUGUACCCAUGGGAAAGAAUUAUCUUCUGAAACCUGUUAGAUUCUCGGGCCCUUGUAAAUCGGACAUAAGAUUCCAGAUUGCAGGAACCCUAGUAGCAUCUGAUAAUCCUUCAGACUACUGUAAGGAUGGAAGGCACUGGCUUAUUUUUGACAGUGUCCAAGAUUUAAUGCUUGAAGGUGGUAAAAUUAUUAAUGGCAAUGGGAAUGUAUGGUGGAAAAACUCCUGCAAAAUAGAUAAAUCUAAACCAUGCAAGGAUGCACCCACGGCCUUAACCUUGUACAAGUGCAAAAAUUUGGUAGUGAAGGACCUAAAGAUUCAACAUGCACAACAAAUUCAUGUGUCCUUCCAAAAGUGCACAAAUGUUCAAGCUUCAAGUCUCUCGAUAUCCGCUCCUGAGGAAAGCCCCAACACAGAUGGCAUUCAUGUCACGAACACUCAAAACAUCCAAAUUUCGAAUUGUACAAUAGGGACAGGUGACGAUUGCAUUUCAAUUGUUAGUGGAUCGCAAAAUGUCCAGGCAACGGAUAUCACUUGUGGACCGGGUCAUGGCAUCAGUAUUGGAAGCUUGGGAUCUAGCAAUUCAGAAGCUUAUGUCUCAGAUGUUAUCGUGAAUGGAGCUAAGCUUUCUGGAACGACAAACGGAGUCCGAAUUAAGACAUGGCAGGGUGGAUCUGGAAGUGCAAGCAACAUCAAAUUUCAAAAUGUGGAGAUGCAAAAUGUGAAGAAUCCCAUAGUUAUAGACCAAAACCAUUGUGAUCAAGCUAAAGCAUGUAAAGAGCAGAGUUCGACGGUACAAGUGAAAAAUGUGGUGUAUCAGAAUAUACACGAAACAAGUGCUUCAAAUGUAGCUAUCAAUUUGGAUUGCAGUAAGAGCUAUCCAUGUCAAGGAAUCGUUUUGCAAAAUGUUAACAUAGUACGUGAAGGAAAUGGAUCGGUUAAAGCUGUGUGCAAUAACAUUGUAAAUUUGGAGAAUUUGGGAAUCGUUUCACCACUUUGUCUUCAAUCACGUUCACGUUUUGAAUUCGUUAAUUCAGAAUGAAUCAAAUCUUUGUAAGUAGGAUAUUAAUUUCAUAGGAAUAAAUACUAUGAAUCGUCGAAAAGCAGGUAUCAUGCAAAGAAAGUCUAGCCAGCAGCAUGUAUAGUGGUCGUAUUGUCUUACAUAGAUUGUCUCGAGGUCUAGGAUUUAGUCAUGUACAUCUAUUUACACAAAAAUAUAUGAUUAAUUCCUUAUACACCAGAAGAUAAUAAGGUUAAUUGUCACCUCGAGGAUUAUUAUAUCCUUAUUGUAUCGGUUAUAUUUAAUAAAUUUGGGUUGUUUCUUUUAAAAUUAAAAGUCCCUUUGUUUUUCUGUUCUAUUAUAUAUCA